GCACCUGACGUUCACGAGCGUCGCUCAGCUCUCGGGUGUGCUUUGUUGAUAACUUUCUGCGCAUGGGCAGUGAAAGGGCCAGUGGAUAGUGAAACAUUGGGUCGGACAGAAUAAAUGAAUGGCGCACCAAACUGAAGGCCAAAGGAAGUGAAAUUGGAUGAAAAGUAAAUUAUGUAGCGUGAAUGUUCACGAGAAGUUGUAAAACGAGUUGGAUGCACGAUUUUAAAAAAUACUUUAAACACUUAUUCAACAAUGGCAUGCUAAACGUUUGUACAACUCUCUGAUCCAGGAAAAGGGAUACAGUAUUAUAAUGCUGGUGCCAAAAGCAUACUAGUGCAGUAAGAACUGUUUGAUUCUAAGGAUCGGUGUUCAGCUUUGUUACAUCUCUGCAGAAUUAUCCCUCAUACAUCUUCAAGAUGCACAUUAGGUCUUGAGCUGGACUUCACACAUGGAUGGACCCAGAACCAUUUCUUUGCCAUAAGGAUCAACUGUACCAAUGGCUCAAGACACACACAUUUACAGAAAUGGCCAAGGUAACAGAGGAAGGUCAGUCAGUGCUACUGAGGCGACCGCCCCCUACUGUCUGGAGACGCCUUACGGCUACCAGCUGGACCUGGACUUCCUCAAGUACGUGGACGACAUCCAGAACGGCUCCACCAUUAAUAGGCUGAGGAGGAAGCCCCUCAGGGUGACCAACAGCAGGGCAGAAGCGCAAAGUGGCACCACACCCAGCCAAUCAUGGACCUCAUCGGAAUCCCUGUCCUCGGCGAGUAGUGGUGACACGCGGGUGAGUCAGUCUGCCAUGUCGACCGGUAACCGAGGGAAACCCCCUCUUCCUCCACCCCACAGUACCUCUACCACCAGCAGCACCACCCCGUCUAGUCAAGAGGGGUCCUCCGUCCCUUUGAAACCCCAAGAGGGGAAGCCUGCUCCGGCCGUCCGCUCCCUGAACACCCCCAGGUUCAACCCUCUAGUGGAGAAGACCCUGGUGGAGACCCGUUGGCGCUUGGAGCAGGAGAAAACCUCCAGCACCACCCCAGCCCAGCCCCACCCUGAGCCCCAUCCCCGCCGGCGCCUAGCCAGCUUCGGGGGAGUGGGCUCCAGUGGCUCCCUGUCCGCCUUCACCGGCUGGGGUUCCUACAACCAGAACAACAGCGGAAACGUCAACAAGCCCCAUGCUGAAGGUGAGCUUUCCCUGCCCCUAUCCCUCCACCAUGGCUCUUCCCUGGGCAGCGGAGGGUCCCUGAGACCCAGCCCCCAGAGCUCUGGCAGGGACACCCCAGUCACGGGCCUCAGCCCCCUGCACCUGCAGCAUGUCAGGGACCAGAUGUUGAUGGCUAUCCAGAGGCUGAAGGAGCUGGAGGAACAGGUGAGGAGCAUCCCUGUUCUACAGGUGAAGAUCUCUGUCCUCCAGGAGGAGAAGAGACAGCUGGUCUCUCGGAUGAAGAACCAGGACCAAGAAGAGCUGAGUGACGUGUUCCGGAAGAGAGCCCACAGCAUGGGCAGCGCCGGUCGGUUCCGGGUUGGGAAGGCCUCCGAACUCUUAGGGAAACCUGAAGAUGGGCUGGAGAACAAGGCAGAGCACAACAGUGCCUCCUCUGGCCUGAAGGAGUUCCAGCAGCUGACUGCUGAGAUGGAGGCUUUGGAGAGGAACAUCAAGGGCGGUCGCCUGCAAGCACGGCAUGGCCUCAACCAGAACACAUUAUGCAGCAACUGCAGAGCUCACAAAUCAGUAUCCGUCAGCAUUGAUGAAGACUUGGAUGCCAUCUUAGAUGUCAGGUCCUCAAAACAACACAGGGACAUCGCCGUGAAGACCAAGCCCACAGACACACGAUGCGUAGCAACGGGUGUAACUGAGGCCCACCUCGUUGUCACCGCGGAUAAGGGGUCGGAGCUAGAUGCCCAGCAGAGAAUCAUAGAAGCUCUGAAGGAGAGGGUAUGUCAGUUGGAGGCAGAGGUAAAGGAGUCCACCCUGCAGACGGAGAUGGGCAGGCUGAAGCUGGAGCUACAGGCUGCCGGGGCCAGGAACAAGGCUGAUAAAGGCUCCACCGCCAGGCCAUCCACCCACAGCACCUCCACAGCCACGGAGGCCCUGGAGGCCAGGCCCAAGACCCAGACCAGGAGCCUGGGGGUGGGCAACCACACAGAGGUCCAGGAUGCCUCGGCUGGAGGUAGACUGGAGGUGGAGGGGUGGAGCUGUAGUGUUGGAGUGUCCUGUAGGCCGGAGCUGAAGAGUGUGAGCUCAGGACCAGAGGUACCGAUGACUUGGUGGGUGGUCAGAGAGAGAGUGGGGACCCGGGACCAAUGUGUUGGGAGACAGGUGGUGAUGUUCACCCAAGGUGUGGGGACAGGGGUGAGGGUGUGUGAGGCAGGAGUGAACACAGAUCUCACCAUGGAGAGUUUGGCUGCAGCGAGAAGAUGGGGGAUGAGGGAGUGUCAGUUGGUGUCGGUGGGGAGCGGGGACUGUACGGUCGACGACGUGAUGAGUGCUGUAAAGGAGGUCGGCAUGGAAACCGACCCUCCAGUCAGACGGGUGGAUUCAGGUGUCAUGGUGUCACCUCAGACGGUCUCCCAGCGCACCAACACAUCACCAACACUCAGCUCGGUCACCCGUUUCACAAACACCUGCCGCUCGUUCAACACCAACUCCAGCACCAACACCGUGCUCAACACCCAGGAGAAACACACCAACACCACACACACUAUCACCCGGAACAUCGCUGUUGGCAACAGCAGGGUCCUAGAGCUAAUCCAGGCCGUUGCUAAGACCUGCUCCGUCGGCAUUGGAACGACCGUGCCAUGGGGAGGAAACGCAGAACAACCAACCCAAACCAAUGCGGCUGUCGCCAAGGCAACAACCAGAGACGCUGGGGUCGGGAUGACUAACGUGAACGACAACUUCUUGGUUGGACUGAAGACCCGGAACAUCGCCUGUGGUCCUUCCUGUCUCCCCGACCCCACCAAGACCAGGAGUAUUGGGAUCGGGGUGGGUGAGGGGCGCAUACGGGACCUUGCAGGACCACCAUCACUGACACAGACAUCCCAUUCUCACCAGGCCCAGGGGCAAUCCCAGUUAGAGCCUGGUCUGGACCACUACAUAGAGAAGAUGCAGUGUCUGCUGAUGGAGCAGCAGGGCCUGCUGACUGAGAGCUACAGUGAGCUGGGAGAGGUGUUCAUCCAGCCUGCGUCAGACACCACCACUCUCAUCAUGUCACCCAUCAACUCUGCCAUGACACAGGGAGGCACGGAGGACCGGCCAAUACCCUCACAAUCCACAGAUUGUGUACAGUCCCAGUCCAUUGCAGGGCCCGGCCAGUUCACUAACACCUCACCUCAGAGAAACACAGAAAGGUCAGGGGUCAGCCAGCAUGUCACCAAGGAGUCAGAGGUCAAGCAAAAGAUACUACGCAUAGAACACCAAACUUCCUCUGCAUUGCACGGUCAGCCCACGAACGCCAACAUGCUGAGGUCCAUCAUGAAGAAACAAGAUGGUGACCGAGGCUACACUGGAACCAGGAAGAGCCUGAAGUUUGUGGGUGUGACCACAGGGUGUGAGUCCAUGUCCACUAGUGAACCAUCCAGCUCUGAAGAAGAGGAGAAGAACGGGAACGGGAGGGAGGUCUGUGGCCUCCAGGAUCGGAGCCGAAUGGGCGGGAACAAAGGGGUGGACAACAGAGAAUGUAGUGGCCAUGGGAGGACCGAGAUACAGGAGAGUUUUCAGUUGAGUGAGAAGAUGCUGUCUGCUUGCCAUGCACUGAAGACCCAUCUGAGUGACGACCAGAUUUUAUCCAGCAGAGAACUGCGGUCCUGCCUGAACAUGCUGCAGCACGAGUGGUUCCGUGUGUCCAGUCAGAAGUCAGCUGCUCCGGCUGUGGUGGGGGACUAUUUAACGGCGUUCCGGUCAGUUUCUCCAGCCGUGCUGAGACACGUAGCCAACAUGGCGGACGGUAACGGUAACACAGCACUCCACUACAGCGUGUCCCACUCCAACUUCACCGUCGUAAAGAGGAUGCUGCUGGCAGAUGUGUGUAACGUGAACCAGCAGAACAAGGCAGGAUAUACCCCCAUCAUGCUGGCUGCCCUGGCUGCUGUGGAGGCCCCAGAGGACAUGGAGGUGGUAGAGGAGCUCUUCAGUAAAGGAGAUGUUAAUGCCAAGGCCAGCCAGGCUGGUCAGACAGCCCUGAUGCUGGCAGUGAGCCACGGCAGGAUGGACAUGGUGCGGGCCCUCCUGGCCAAGGGGGCAGAGGUCAACCUUCAGGAUGAUGAGGGCUCUACAGCGCUAAUGUGUGCCAGCGAACACGGCCACGCUGAGAUAGUCAGGCUGCUGCUGGCCAAGCCAGGCUGUAACGCCACCCUGAGUGAUAGCGAUGAGAGCACGGCCCUGUCCAUAGCUCUUGAGACUGGACAUAAAGACAUAGCAGUGCUGCUCUAUGCCCAUGUCAACUUCUCCAAAUGCCAGGCAGGGGGAACCCCUCGUCUCGGUAGAAAUACACCCCCCAGUUCCGCUGGAAGAGCCGUCUUUGAAUGAAACUACCCGCAAACCUCCACCCUCGCUGCUACACAUAGACAUAUGCUUAGUGUAUGGAAUAAUUUGUGAUGGUUCUAUGUGGCCCUUAUAAAGGGUUUAUGAAGGCUUCAAAGUUGAUGUUCGUUUUAAAGCGGGACCAAGAUGAUGCCCUCGUAUCCAAGCACUCAACAAGCGAUCUGAGACCACAAUUGUAAAUCUUAGCCUAGUGAAACGAAUGAGCGAUGUAGUCUAUAUGGACUGCCUCUUCUCUUGUCCAGGUUGACAGCUUGAAACUUAGAGGUUGCUAGGCAAAUCACUCUCCUACAGUAAUUAUAUCCCCACUACCUGUGGCCUUUCUGUGUAGGAGUUUAAUUUAUUACAUUUUAGUCUCUAGAUUGAGUACAUUGCAUAUACAUGCAGAUCAUUUCAUUCUAUGCCCUCAAACACCAAUAUAUGGAAGAUAUUUUUUAUGUGAUUGUCAUUGUAUAUAUGAUAUAUUUAAGCCCAUUGGAAGUACAGUUAUGCAUUUACAAUUAGUAUAUUAGGGUUAAAUAUUUCAUUGUUAGUAUAGUGCUCUGUCCCUUAUGCUUUUAAAUAAUACAAUAAACUGAAGUACCUCAA